UUCCCCACCACCGCCGCCCGUCCUCAUCCCUACCCUCACCCUCUCCAUCCAGCAGCAGCGACCGCCAGCCGUGCCGCAGCUUCCUGCGCACCUGCUUGCCUGCCUCGUCACCGCGCGUCGCCCUCUCCAGCGCGCCUGACCUCGCCGGCCGCUCUGGUGCUCCUUGGCGCGUCCGUUCCUUCUCGCCUGCAGCCGCGCGCCGUCGCCCCGCCGACGCGGCCACCGUCGCUGUAUACCCACUGCUGCAUCGCAUAGAGAAGCAGACGCCCACUCGUCCUCUAGCCGCCUCCUGCGGCCUGCACCGCGCGUCCGCCGCCGGUGCUCCGCUGCGCGUGCCUCUGCCUAGCACACCCGCGCGUGCGCUUCUCGCGAGCUGCAUCCGCCCGCCAUGUUCGCCAGCGGCUCGUCAUCGCCGCCCAGCCUGCCGCUGCCGGGCGGCAAGAGCCUGUCCACGUCACCGCUGGCGGCGUUCGGGCGGGCACGCGCGCGCUACCUGCUCGUCAGCGGCGCACUCACCGUGCUGCUGCUGCUCUUCUUCGUCUUUGGCGCCGACGACGCCGCGGCGCCGCAUCGCCUCGGCCAUGCGCUGCAUAGCGCAAAGUGGUCGCAGUGGUGGCACGGCAGCGCCAAGACGCCCGGCGAGGAGGAGAUCCCGCCGCUGACGGUCGACGAGCAGGUUGCCGGCGGGCCAGUGGCGCACCUGUACGACGACCGCAAGUGGGUCAACGGCAGCGGCCGCACCGACCUCUCCUACGACACGCCCUUCAACCGCGACGACCUGACGCUGUGCGAGGACGAGUGCGACGCCUUCUUCCCGGGCCUGUGGAAGGAGAUUGACCGGAGUGUCAAGUACUUCACCGAGGUGGUCAAGUACGACAAGGAGUACCUCGAGUAUGCGUGCGACGACGGCAUCUGGACGCACAUGCGCGUCGUCGUGUACAACAACCGCCUCUACAUCAAGUCGUACAAGCAGUCCGACUUUACGCGCUCGCAGGCGGCGCUCGCGCUGCUCAACCUGGCCGUCAUGACGUCGCGCGAGAAGCUGCCCAACGUCGAGUUCUGCAUCGGCCUGCAGGACUGGGGCAGCCGCGGCAAGUUCGGCCUCGACCGCAGUCCGGACCUGGAGGACAACUGGCUGAUGCCGGACUAUGGUUGGUGGAGCUGGCCCGAGCACGUGGGCUCGUAUCAGGAGCACCGGGAGAAGACGCUGCACGUCGAGCAGCAGACGCCGUGGGAGCAGAAGAUCAACAAGCUCAUGUGGCGCGGCAGCAUGCGCGUGGGCACGGCGGACCGCGAGAGCCUGAUGGCCGUGGCACAGGGGCACGACUGGAACGACAUCCGGGCGCUCGACUGGGAGGACAAGUCGACGCAGGUGCCCAUGGCGGACCACUGCAAGUGGAAGUUCCACGGCUUCCCCGAGGGCAACACGUACUCGGGCCGCCUGCGCUACCUGCAGAACUGCCGCGUCGUGAUCGUGACGCACGAGCCGCGCUGGAUCCAGCACUGGACGCACCUCAACAACGCCGACUGGAACUCGAUGGACCAGAACAUCGUCUACGUGCCCAAGGCGCUAGGCGAGGGCCAGGGCGUGCUGGUGCACGACAACCAGGGCCAUGAGAGCUACGACCGCACGUGGGAGCGCCUGCCUGAGACGAUGGACGCGCUGCUCUCCGACGACGCGCACGCCAAGCGCAUCGCCGACAACCAGUGGACCUUCUUCCGCGAGCGGUAUAUCUCGCCCGCCAGCGCCGCGUGCUACUGGCGCAAGCUGUUGUGGGGCUUCAGCAAGGCGCAGCUCUACACGGUCGACCUGCGCGGCGACGAGACGAGCUACCACUCGUUUGUGCUCAAGGGCAUGAAGAGCCCCACCGACAACUUCAACCAUUAGGCCGCCGCGAUCCGUCGCCGCUCGGGCCUGUCUCACGCACGUAUCGGGGCAAAUGUGAAUCCUUCAGCGAACCAU